CUCACUAAUCAUCACUUUGCUUUACCUUGUUUUCCGAUGCGUUUCUUCUUAUGCGGUCCAGGUCUAAUCAUAACCCAUCUUCUUUACAAAACAGCUCUUGUUUUAGCGGUCUUAAGAUGGCUCUUCUCUUGGCCUCUUAAUCUCAGCUUUAAACACAUCAAUUCCUUCUUUUCUUCUUCAUCUGUUUCCUCGCAAAUGAUCAGAGACAACCUGGCCCUCACCACCUUCGGAGACGCCAAGGAAAGGAUGCCUUGGGUUUCCGACACCUGUGCUGUCUGCUUGUCUGACCUCGAGGAAGGUGAUGAUGUCCGGGAACUGAGGAACUGCUGCCACGUGUUCCAUCAAGAUUGCAUUGAUAGAUGGGUCGACCAUGACCAUGACCAUCAUGAUGAUCAUGACCAUAAUCACAGUACUUGUCCCCUUUGCAGAUCUCCUUUAGUCACUUCUUCUCAAAGCUUGGUUCGGCCUAACAAUGAACCCAGUUGGGCCGUUGAUCGCCUGCUCUACCUAUUUGGGGAUGAUCUCCUUCCUUAGUUUAAAUCCACCCUUAAUUAUCUAUUUUUUA